AUGCCUUUAAAAUAUUUUACUAGUUUUACAAAUAAGAUAGAUUAUAGUAAUAAAUAUAAAAAUAUUUUAUUAAGUAAUAAUUAUACAUAUGAUACAUUCUCGAAUUAUCUUAAAAUUUAUAAAAUAAACAAUUAUAAUUUUAUUAUAUACGGAAUAUUACAUGGUAAUAUAUCUGAGAAAAGUUGUAGUGGUAAGGAUUGUUCUGAAUUACUUAAAAAUAUAAAAGCAGAUUAUGUAUUAUUAGAAUUAUGUGAAGAUAGAUUAAAUAGAAUAUUUAAUAUUAUUUCUAAAAAGAAAAAUAAUUACAAUAAUAAUUAUUCUAAAUUCACUUAUUUACCAAGAAUACAUAAUGGAUUUCUGCAAAAUGAAUUUUCACCAAUUAUUGAGGAAUGCUUAAAAAAUAACCUCAACAUUUUUCCAUAUGAUAGAAAUAUGAAUAUUAUAAAAAAUAGAUUAGAUUUAAAACUUUUAUAUGACACUAAAGCAUAUAGAAAAUUUUUUACCUACUGCAUCGAAUCAAUAUCAUUGAGACACUAUCCAUACGAUGUUUUUGUUAAACUGUACAAUGAUUAUAAUAUAAAUAAAAUUAAAGAAGAAACAAAAGAUGCUCAUUUGAAAUUACAGGUGGAUAAUGAGAAUAAGACUAAUUUAAGUGAUGAAGAAAAGAAAAAUAAUAUGAAUGAAAAUCCAAUCCUAAAUAUAUAUGAAAGUUCUGAAUGCUUAAAAAAAUUGAAAAUGUUAAAUCUUUUAAAUGAGAGAUUAAAGUCUCUUUCUAAACCUACAUAUGAUAUCCUGAUAGAUGAAAAAUGCAAAUAUGCUUCAAGUAAUAUUUGGGGAUUUCUUUUAAAUAAUGAAGAAAAUUUUUUCGCAAAUAAUUCUACGAAAAAUAUAGUUAUUGUAUGUAGUGCAAAUAUACAAGAAAAAUUAAUUGAAGAAUUAAAUAUAACAUAUAUUAAUUUAAAUAAAAAAUAUAAUAAUAAAAAUCAUGAGCACUUAAUUUAUGAAAAUCCAUACAGUUCUUAUAAUCAUUAUGUCAAGCCUCAUUGGCCCCUUAUAUUUAUUAAAUAUUAUUUUAUUCCUUAUUUUAUCUUAUAUAUUAUUUUAAAUAUUUUGUACUCUUUUUGUUCAUGGAUUUAUAAAUCUAAUUUUCAAAAGAACUCAAUAGAUUCACGUAAAAUAAUAGAUAUAGAAGUCUAA